AUGCAGACGAAGCGACAGUUCCCUCGUCCGGGAGAUGCGAUGUUCGUUUCUCCGCCGGCAUCGCUGGCAGAUUCAAGACAGAAAGUGAGUCGCCCAGGCGAAAUGAUGCACCAGCCAGGAAGCUACUCCCUUAAGACUAUGCCGGUGUCAGGUUUAUCGGAGAAGGCUCAGCGUGCUUGCUUGAUUGCGUCGCUCCGACCGAGUCUCUACAUGUAUGUACUCUGCGAAGCCAACCACAUGUGGCGUUCGGGGGGCCCAAUACGUCUAUCUACGCAGCGGGCAGUACCUUUGGUGUUCCUACGGCACGGCGAGAUAGUGGGGUCGGAUGUAAGAUGGCCGCCUUACACGUCUGACUCCAUUCUGGGCCCUCAACGUGCAAGAGCUGCACUGAUGAGAAGGCUCCAAGUUCAUGUGCUCAUGCACUAA